GUCAAAUCCGAUGAAAACGCGUGUACCAGACAAGGCACACGACGCACUAAAAAUUGGUGAGAUGACCAUGACGGAGCAAGAGUCUGCUCCACCCGCAGAAGAAGGCAAGUUCGAUCAUCAACUUCCGGCGAAAGAGGAUGUCUCCACAGUGGUCCCUGAAGCACAUGACGACGAUCACGAGGAUUCGGAUUCGAUCGACGGCGUGCCACUGGAUGUCCCGAUAAAGCACUCAAAACGAGGACCUGCGCUCAAAACGAAACAACAAGCGGAACAAAAAUCGGUCACGAGGAUAGAGGAAGCGGCGCACCUGAAGGUAGUACACGAAGAAAUGAAUAUGAAUGGGAAAGGUGACUGUUGUAAUGGCGAUCCCUUUGCACCAGUCGCACCAAGAGACGAAAACGCGCUAGUACUUUCAU